AGAGGGGUGAGGGAAGGUGGAAGAAUAAAAGACAAGUUGGUGGAAGGCCAAAGAAUUAGAAUCCAUCCAUCCUCUCAUCUCAUCUCAUCAACGCUGCCAGAAUCAAUGGAGCUCACACCCCAGCAGCUCAGCCAGUACAACGGAACCGACCCCUCCAAGCCCAUCUACGUGGCGGUGAAGGGCCGCGUCUACGACGUCACCACCGGAAAAUCCUUCUACGGCCCCGGCGGCCCCUACGCCAUGUUCGCCGGCAGGGACGCCAGCAGAGCCCUCGCCAAGAUGAGCAAGAACGACGAAGACAUCUCCCCCUCCCUCGAUGGCCUCUCCGACAAGGAGAUCGGAGUUCUCAACGAUUGGGAGAACAAAUUCCAAGCUAAGUACCCUGUCGUUGCUCGCCUUCUCAAUUAAUUAUCUCUACUCUUUCGUCGUCUGUUAAUUUCCGCUACUCGACUAAAUCACCUACCCUAAUAAUAAUCAUAAUAAGAACUUUCCCUAUUCUUCUUCCGGAUUAGGGAUUCCAUUUCUCUAUCGUCUAAUUCAUUUCUUUUUUAAAGGACAA